AUGUCAUCACCAGCAUCACCAGCAUCAGCACCAGCAUCGCCAGCCUCGGCACCAGCAUCACCAGCAUCAGCACCAGAAGCAGCAUCACCAGCAUCACCAUCAUCACCAGCAGCAGCAGCAUCAUCAUCACCAACAUCACCAACAUCAUCAUCAUCACCAGCAUCACCAGCAGCAGCAGCAUCAUCAUCACCAACAUCACCAACAUCAUCAUCAUCACCAGCAUCACCAGCAUCAUCAUCACCAACAUCAUCAUCACCAGCAGCAGCAUCAUCAUCAUCACCAGCAUCACCAGCAACAGCAUCAUCAUCACCAGCAUCA